AUGAUUGAUGACUUGUUCAUCUAUCAUGUUCCAGGUGACCCGAUAAAAUGUCUGGAAUCUCUCGAAUCCACGUCUCCGUAUCACAUCAACAAACUUCGUGGAUCUGUGCCCUUCUCUCUAAUUCAAAAAUGUGCGAGAGCUUCCGUGAGGAAUCUGGAAAUCACUAGAAUGGAAGGCAGGAAAUAUCUCGUUCCAAGACUUCUCACGCAACCAUCGUUAGAAUCCACAAAAGUAUGGCAUCUCCAUCUCGAGUGGUGUACGGAUUUAGGAGUGGGUUUCGCUCGGAAAUACAUGGAAUUAGAUGCGAACAUUCGUAGCUCACUGAAUUUUGGAAGCAUGUCUAGAGACACCAUCGGUGAUUUCAUUGAAAGAAUGGGAGAUUUGAGAAUUGUCGACAGAACCGAAGUCUUGGUUCGAUUUGAGACGAACAACCCGGAGAAGCACAUGAUAAUGAAGAGAUUCGAAAGAGGAGAGUAUAGUCGCGAACAUCGUUUUGUGAUGGUUGUGGUGUCGGCGGAAAUUCAAAAAUCUCAAUAUGAUGAAUACGUGUUCAACCGACUAUGA